AUGCUGGCACUGUCUGCUGUUACUUCUGAGCUUCACUCUCCAAUUCUACAACCCACUUGCUCAGGGCACCUCACUCCUUGGCUUCGUGGACUCACACGUUCAGGCCAAAUUGAUACUCUUUGGGCUUGGGCUAGGGGCCGCCUAGCCUUGAAUGAAAAUGGGUCCCAAGAUUAUUCUGACCAAAUGUUCAAUUCCAAACCAGCGGAUAAAAUCUUACACCUUUCCUCUGAAUUUCGCCACGAAGCUUCUCUACUCUCCCAUUCUGCCCCGGGUAUGCCUAGUGUCACGGCUUCCAGUUCACGGAUAUCAGGCUCGCUUGUCGCUUCGUCCGAGUCUACUAGGCUGACUGGCGUUGGAAGGGAUUCUGGUUUAGAUCCCCUUCUUGGUGACCUUUACUCUCGACUCGACACUCUACAACCAAUGAUCCCAGAUCGACUUUCCAUCGCCUGUCUUGAGGCUGCGGGUGUUCACCUAGAGUCAAGCGACCCGAGACUGGCUCGAUUAGUUAGUCUCGCAGCUCAACACUUUCUUACUGACAUUCUUUCUGACUCGUUAGCUCAUUGUCGUUUAAUGGCUUCUACCUUAACCAAUGCUCCAACUUUGUCCGGAUGUGCCAUUGCUAGCGCUGCACCAACAUCAACACCAACAUCGGCUUCCUCUUCUACCAGGUAA